UCAGAAAACAAACCGAGCGAUCACAGCGGCAGUCCGGGCGGCAGCAGCGGGAGGAGGAGGAGCAGCAGCAGGAGGAGGAGGAGGCAGAGUUGGAGUUUGGGCAGACGCUGCGGAGAGCUGCAGCUGCAGGACGCGGCGGAGUCGCAGGGUUCCGCGCCGCUCCAUUCAUUAAGUAGCCGCGGAGGACCGCGGCGGGACGCCGAGCGCUGCCCACUCGCAAAGCCCAGCACGCAGACGCACGCCAGCCGGGCGCGUCCCAGGCAGCACAGCGCUGCAAAAGUUCCUGCUCGCGAUUUGGCUCUCCUCCCCUUGGACUAGCGAACCGUUUGGAGCGGAGAGGAAAGCAGAGGCGCCCACAGGGGAAACCUACCCGGUCUGCAGUUGGAACUACUCGCCGCCGCGUCCCGAGCGCGCAGACCGGCUCCAGAGCAGCGGCGGCCCGCAGCGCCCCGGGAGGCUCCCCGUAGCCAGCGCCAUGCAAAGCUACAAGUACGACAAGGCGAUCGUCCCCGAGAGUAAGAACGGCGGCAGCCCGGCGCUCAACAACAACCCGAGGAAGGGAGGCAGCAAGCGGGUGCUGCUCAUCUGCCUCGACCUCUUCUGCCUCUUCAUGGCAUCUCUGCCCUUCCUCAUCAUUGAGACCAGCACCAUCAAGCCUUACCGUCGAGGGUUUUACUGCAACGACGAGAGCAUCAAGUACCCCCUGAAAGUCAGCGAGACGAUAAACGACGCUGUGCUCUGCGCAGUGGGGAUUGUCAUCGCCAUCCUGGCGAUUAUCACAGGGGAAUUCUACCGGAUCUAUUACCUGAAGGAGAAGUCCCGAUCCACCAUUCAGAACCCUUACGUGGCCGCUCUCUACAAGCAAGUGGGCUGCUUCCUUUUUGGCUGUGCCAUUAGCCAGUCCUUCACAGACAUCGCCAAAGUGUCCAUCGGGCGCCUGAGGCCUCAUUUCCUGAGUGUCUGUGACCCUGAUUUCAGUCAGAUCAAUUGCUCCGAGGGUUACAUCCACAACUACAGGUGCAGAGGAGAAGACAGCAAAGUCCAGGAGGCCAGGAAGUCCUUCUUCUCGGGCCACGCCUCCUUCUCCAUGUUCACUAUGCUGUAUCUGGUGCUAUACCUACAGGCCCGAUUCACCUGGAGAGGGGCCCGCCUGCUCCGGCCCCUCCUGCAGUUCACUUUGCUCAUGAUGGCCUUCUACACGGGACUUUCACGUGUUUCUGACUACAAACACCACCCCAGUGAUGUCCUGGCAGGAUUUGCCCAAGGAGCUCUGGUGGCCUGCUGCAUAGUGUUCUUUGUGUCUGACCUCUUCAAGAAUAAGACUUCGCUCUCGCUGCCUGCCCCUGCUAUCAGGAGGGAGAUCCUGUCACCUGUGGACAUCAUCGACAGGAACAAUCACCAUAACAUGGUGUAGGUGCUGCGGGCCUCCGGAGCGGUUUCUCUGAAGUGACUGCUUGACAGCGUGUUCCUGCUGCUCUCCAAUCUCAUCAGACAGUAGAAUGUAGGGAAAAGCUUUUUUGCCCAGUGGAUUUUGAAAACAUUUACAGAAAAAAAAAAAAAAAAAAAGAGUGAGAAAGAAAGAAAAGAAAAGAAAAGCCUUAUCUUGUGGCCUUCCAAAAUAGGUUGGUUGACUGUGUGGGGAUGACAGUGCCUGAGUCCUGAGUUCCGGCUUUGCGGCUGGCUAAGUGUUCAUGUUCUAGUGAACACCGGCUUGUCCAGGAGCAAAACACUAGAAUAAUUGAGCAGAGACUGCGGUCACCUUUUGUGACCCGAGAAAUGCCAGGCCAGUGAGAACAGCUAGAGCUCCUAAGUAGCCCACAAGGCUCGAGCCAGCACCGAUUUCAGCCCUUUGCCCGCCCCACUCUACUGUGACUUUGGUUCAAUUUGAAGUUUUGCAUUUUGAAAUCCUGGGCAUGAGCGCAUUUGCUCAGUCAAAUGGUCAGAUUCUGAAUCCGAGUCCCAAGCCCCGAGGCCUCUGCCAUCUCCCCAUCCCCAGGCUAACAACCGCAGCCCCUCACUUUUAGAGAUUAGGAGACCCUUUGUGGAAGAGUGAACUUCACAAAUAGCACAAUUUCCGAAGGCCCGGAGGGUGUCUUCUCAUACACCACACUGUGACGAGGAACUGCCAUUGCAGGAUCAAUCACCCGGCACUUCACGUGUAGAGACGCAUAGACUUCGGUUACUGCUAUCCCCCUUUUGUCCUUGCUGGGGGCCUGCCGGGAUUUCAUGUGAGGGCCAGGGAUGAGCACAAGGCGUGGUCAGCCUUUGGCUGAUCAAAAGAGCUUCAGUAAAGGGAGGGAAAGGGCAGAAUGAAAAAAAAAAAAUGAACCAACUCUUGGCUCCUUGGGAUCAGAGAGAGCCAGGGUGGCAUGGCCUUGUGCCCGGAAGGCUACCCUUCAAGAUGAGGGAGCCUGGAGCGUUACAGGAGUUGAUUUUUUGCUGUAUAAAGCACUAUUGUCUCGGGGUUGACCCCUGGGACAGUUCUUGGUGGGUUCUGCUGGGCGGAACACAUGGUCCAAUCUUCGUAAGAGAGUUUUCCUCAUCCUCUAUCCACGGUGUCCUUCCAAGCAAGUUCCUACUCUAGACAGUAGACAGGGACCCUUCUACUGAACUUCCAAGGAAAAGAAGAAGAGAAACAAAGUGCUUUUCAAAUCUUUCAAAGGGCUACAUGCAACCAUAUGGGUCAACCACAUACAUAUCUUUCCACAGACUCCGUCCUUUCAUUUCAACAUAGAGCAAGCUAUGAUUUUAUAUAUAAAUAUUAUAUAAAUAAUGUAUAAAACAUUAAAAGUUAACUAUGUAAGAUAUUAUUUCUGAAACAAUUUUAGUUAUAUCCACUAUGACUAUAAACUGUGUCUCGACCUGUGUUAUUUACUUUAGCUGCUUAAAGGAGCAUUGAGUUUCUUUUUUUUUUUUUAAAUCUCAACUAAAAAAAUCAUAGUUCUGUGGUAGCCAUUGUUUUACAAUGAGAGAAAUAACUACAACUAGAGGAAAAACUGUAUAAAAACAUUAAAUUGUCAGUAUUUUUGUAAGGUUCCGUUUUGUAAAGAGAAUAAUAUUCAAAGACUUUUGUGGCAUACAAAGUGAAAAUGUGUAUCUGCAAAACUAAACAUGUAUUAAAUGUGCUUUUUAAAUAAAAGCUCAUAACACAACUAA